AUGCCCGACACAGCCAGCCCUACUAAUGCGCCGUCCGGUCCACGUGGUUAUGUCCAGUCAGGCCGUGGCGGGUUUCAAUCACGCGGCAGUCGUGGAGGCUGGUCGCAGGCACCGUCGCGGGCAGGUCCUUCACCGGGACCGUCCACCCCGAUAGGCUCGUCAGGGAUCCCAACCGGCCCGCGCAGCCAGUCCAUCAGCGGCCAGGGUGGUGCCUCAACACCGACGCAAGGUCGACCGUUCAAUCCGCCGACAGGCCCCGCUGCCCAGCAUGGCAGCGGUCCGCGGCAGACGCUGGCGCAGAGCCUCAUGUCUACAAUGCCGCCGCUUAUCCCGGGCGGUAAGCUGGAUCCGAGCAUGCUGCCGAUGGUGCUCGGUGUCUUGCGAGACGUGGAGCCGCACUACCGCAAGCUGCGCGACGAGGAAGAAAAGAUCCGCGAGGAGCUGCGUGCCAAGCAGGAACGCCUGCGUAAGAGUUUGUCCCUAUGGGGUCGUCUGGAGAGGGAUGCGGCCGCGUGGGAGCUGCGCAGCGACCUGAGCGAAAAGAGCAUGAAGAAUCUCGCGGGUGAGGGCAUGGGCGGUGCAGCGUUUUAG